AUGGGAGGUGGUGGAGGUGGAGGUUUUAAUCAAAAAAAAUGUAUGCUCACUAAUCUCAAGGCGAAGGAACGAAAAAAAAUAUUAACGCAUGACAAAGGUACUUUACUGGCACCAACUGAUUUACCGAUUAUCGAAACUCGUGAUCCAGAGCUUUACGGUGAAGGAGGCAAAGAAAGAAGAGGUGGAUCUUAUAAUAAGAAGGUGAAGGAGGCAGAGAAAGAAGAGGUGGAUCUUAUAUACGAAGGUGAUCUGGGCAAAGAAGAGGUGGAUCUUGUAUACGAAGGUGAAGGAGGCAAAGAAAGAAGAGGUGGAUCUUAUAAUAAGAAGGUGAAGGAGGCAGAGAAAGAAGAGGUGGAUCUUAUAUACGAAGGUGAUCUGGGCAAAGAAGAGGUGGAUCUUGUAUACGAAGGUGAAGGAGGCAAAGAAAGAAGAGGUGGAUCUUAUAAUAAGAAGGUGAAGGAGGCAGAGAAAGAAGAGGUGGAUCUUAUAUACGAAGGUGAUCUGGGCAAAGAAGAGGUGGAUCUUGUAUACGAAGGUGAAGGAGGCAAAGAAAGAAGAGGUGGAUCUUAUAAUAAGAAGGUGAAGGAGGCAGAGAAAGAAGAGGUGGAUCUUAUAUACAAAGGUGAAGGAGGCAGAGAAAGAAGAGGUGGAUCUUAUAUACAAAGGUGA